CCAUCCACACGUCGUCCACAUAAUGUCUUCCGCUGCCUGUAUAUUCUGCAAAAUCAUCAAGGGUGAUAUCCCUUCCUUCAAGCUCUUCGAGAGUGACAAGGUCUUCGCUUUCCUUGACAUCCAGCCUCUCAGCCGUGGCCAUGCGCUCGUGAUCCCCAAGUUCCACGGUGCGAAGCUCACCGAUAUCCCUGACGAAGACCUCAGGGAACUGCUGCCCGUGGCCAAGCAGAUUGCCAAAGCAAGCGGCGCAGAGGACUACAAUAUCCUGCAGAACAACGGCCGCAUUGCUCACCAAGUUGUCGACCAUGUCCACUUCCACAUGAUUCCGAAGCCUAAUGAGACAGAGGGUCUUGGUAUUGGAUGGCCUACCCAGCCUACCGACAUGGAUAAACUCAAGGCUCUGCAUGAGGAAAUCAAGUCCAGGAUGUAAACCGACACAUUCAGUCUAAAAGUCGCCGUCCUUGGCUCAAUAAAAGAAGUUAGCGUGGUCCUUCAGUCCCUGUCGAGCAUUGACUGUCAUUACCACAGCCAAUUGUAAAUUCAUCUCUUAUACCAUUCAGUAACAAAGUCAAGACAGUGUAUACGGA